CGUAAAUCUAAUCCCAAAUCAAAAUUACUAACUGCAGUUAUCAUUCAAGCAGAGGAGUCCUUGCUUCCGAAAAUUUAAGUUCGGAUUACAGAGCUAUUGCUAUCAAUAUAAUCACUUUUUUAACACUAGAAGUAAUCAUUUAUGGCCUGAGUCAGCUAUAAUUUUUUAUAUGAUGGUAACCCAUUUAAAACACGUUGAGAGAAUCACAUUUUUUUUUUUAAGCGUUGACAAGGUCGGCAAAAGUGCUAACUUCCAAAAUCGGCCUUAUAAAUUAAUUUACUUGGAACUUACCAAACGAAUCAAGAAAGAAGAUUGAAGGUGGAAAAGAAGUUUAUGGAGGAAAAUAGUUCUGGGAUUUCAUCACUCUUCUCGUUCUUGCCGGAGGGUUGCAUAUCAAACAUCAUAGCUUUGACAACUCCGAAAGAUGCAUGCAGGGCUUCAACGGUUUCAUGGGUUUUCAAGUCUGCAUCAGAAUCUGAUACCGUUUGGGAAAGAUUUCUUCCUUCUGAUUACCAACAGAUUAUCUCUAACUCCGUUGACCCUCCGUUGAAUUAUGCUACCAAGAAGGAGUUGUUCUUUUCUCUUUGUCAAUCCCCAAUUAUCAUCAAUGAUGGAAAACUGAGUUUCUGGCUAAAUAAAUUAAGUGGGAAGAAGUGCUAUAGGAUUUGUGCAAGGGAGCUUUCGAUUACAUGGGUGGAUACUCCAGAAUACUGGUGUUGGACAUCUAUGCCUGAAUCAAGGUUCUCUGAGGUGGCUGAGUUGAUACGCGUAUGUUGGCUCGACAUCCAAGGGAAGAUGCCAAGUCAAAUGCUGUCCUUGAGGACAACCUAUGCAGCUUACCUUAUCUUCAGAGUCAUAGAGAAUUCGUAUGGACUUGAUGUGGUUGCAAAGGCAUCUGUUCAAUUUAGUGCAGUUAUUAACAAUGAUAACCUCCUUGAACCUGAGACAAGUUCUGUCUACCUGAUACAUUCCCCUCGUGGAGAACGCUACUUGCGAAGAUGGUACAGGCGUCAUAGGAGACCUGUGCAGCAAAUACAUGGCAGGGUUCCGCUACUUAGAACAGAUGGAUGGAUGGAGCUUCUGCUCGGAGAGUUUUUUAAUGAUGAAGGAAACCGUGAUAUUGAGAUGAAACUUUCAGAAACCAGCAUUCUAAACUGGAAAAAAGGGCUGAUUGUGGAGGGGAUUGAGCUCCGGACUAAGGAACUGUAA